AUGGUUUCAUUCACAUCGCUCCUUCUGGCCGCUACCGCAACGCUUUCCGGCGUGCUGGCUGCGCCUACUGAGCUCGCCGUCCGCGCACCUAGCGAGCUGGUGGCCCGUACCUCCAGCUCGACUGGAACCAGCGGGGGUUACUAUUACUCGUUCUGGACCGACAAUGCAAGCACCGUGACCUACAAGAACGGCAACAGCGGACAAUACGCUGUGUCCUGGAACGGCGACGGAAACUUCGUCGGCGGCAAGGGUUGGAGCACUGGCAGCGCUCGCUCCAUCUCUUUCUCUGGCUCCUACAGCCCCAAUGGCAACUCCUAUCUUUCGAUAUACGGCUGGACCACCUCUCCUCUGAUCGAGUACUACAUCGUUGAGUCGUUCGGCACGUACGACCCUUCGACUGGCGCCACCUACAAGGGCACCGUGACCAGCGACGGCGCUACCUACAAGAUCUACACUGCUACCAGAACCAACGCGCCAUCUAUCCAGGGCACCGCUACCUUCACCCAGUUCUGGAGUGUGCGUCAGAGCAAGCGCAGCAGCGGCACUGUCACAACCGCCAACCACUUCAAUGCUUGGGCCAAGCUGGGCAUGACCUUGGGCACUCACAACUACCAGAUUGUUGCGACUGAGGGUUACUACUCCAAGGGAAGCGCCAGCAUCACUGUCUCAUAG